AUGCAGCACCCGCAGCAGCCGCCGCUGGCCGCGCGACCCCUCGUCAACCCCGACGAGACCGGGGAAGUCGACACCUCCAGAUACCCCGAACCCAAGGAGGCCACUCACAAGGUGCGAGGACGAAGCGACGUCCUGGAACUCAUCUGUGGCCCGGGGACCGUCGACCCCGAGCUCCUCACCGUCAAGACUUUCUACUUCUUCUUCUACUCGGCUUUCGGAUCACUGUUCCCCUUAAUGGGGGUUUACUUCAAGCAGAUGGGAAUGAACGCUGGCCAGUGUGGCCUACUGAUCGGUACUAGACCCUUCGUAGAAUUUUUAUCGGCACCAUUUUGGGGCGGACUGGCAGACAGAUGGCAGAAGGGCAGGACAUUGUUACUAGCGUCUCUGACCGCCUGGAUAGUGUUCACUCUGCCGCUGAGCUGGGUUCAGCCUACAGCCGUGUCGUGCGUCCAACCUGUCAACAGCACCGUGUACCGGCUGGUGUCGCCGCGCUACGACGAGGACUGGCCCACUCCGACCAGACACUUCCGCGGCCCGGCUCUGGGGCGCGAGGGAUCGCCGCUUCCCGUGACGGACGCAGAGAACUACAACCCUGAUACAAACUACAACUGGGUGACGCCGCUACACUCCUACAUCGUGUACAGUACCCCGGACAUACAAAAGACCUUCUUCUUACUGUUGCUACUGGUUGUGAUCGGAGAGUUCUUCAGCGCGCCCGCUAUUACUUUAGCGGAUUCAGCCGUUAUAACAUUACUCGGAGAAGACGCUGACAGGUACGGCCACCAGCGCAUGUUCGGUUCCCUGGGCUGGGGGCUGGCCAUGUUCUUCGUGGGUAUCGCGCUGGACCACAGCACAGCCUUCAGUUCUCAUCCUUGUGGCGGUCCUCAGCGCUACGAGAAGAACUACACGAUCUGCUUCGCAACGUUCUCGGUCCUGAUGGGCGCCGCACUUAUUACUGCCACCCAGAUUAAUUUUAAAUACGAGGAAUUUAACGUCGAAACUCCCUUGGAGCCCCCGCCGCCCGCGGAACCUUCUCACGAGGAGCGCAUGCAGCAGCAACUGGCGGAACAGCUCCAACUACCUGGCCUGGACACCAGCGCGCCGGCGCCGCGCCAGCCGCCCAUAGAACACGCUAAGGUGUUCGCGCAGACCACUCGCGAGAUGCCGGAGUGGGUGACAGUGCUGCGUCAGUUCCAGAAUGUGAAGGCUGCCUCCUUCCUGCUGGUCGCCUGGUUCAUGGGCUUCGGGAUUGGACUGAUCUUCACAUUCCUCUUCUGGCACUUACAGGAUAUCGGCGGCUCACCGACGCUUUUUGGUGUCGCUUCCGUCAUCAACCACAUCUCCGAGAUCUUCGCCUACUUCUUCAGUUUCAAGCUUAUCACUCAAAUGGGACAUGUUAAAGUAUUAUGCUUGGGUCUCGCUGGGAACGUGGUGCGCUUCCUAUACAUCUCCUGGCUGACUCGACCCUGGUGGGUUCUUCCCUUCGAGUUCGUCCAGGGUGUCACCCACGCCGCCGUGUGGGCCGCCUGCUGCUCCUACAUAGCUCACGGCUCGCCACCCAACCUUCGUUCAUCCGCACAAGGAGUGCUCCAGGGCCUGCACCACGGUCUGGGGCGAGGUUGCGGCGCGGUGUUGGGAGGCAUCGCGGUGGCCAAAUGGGGCACGACUCGCACCUUCGCCGGCUACGGUCUGUUGUGUGGUGUGGCGCUCGCUGCAUUCGCCUUCGUGAACUUCCGUGAUGGCGGCAUGGGCCCGGCGGCUCCCGGCGGGACCGCGGCUGAUGAGGAGGCUCGUGCUGUGGCCGAAGCGGGCGUGCUAGCCCCGCACGGUGUCCCGUCUAACCCGCUCCCUCGAGCCCUGUCGUCCACUCGCCUGGCGGACCUGGCUCACCACGACAACUACGGCGCCACACAGAGCUACGCCGGAGCGGACAGCCUCGGCGUGCCGGGAGCCGCGCCGCCCCCGCAGGCCGGCCCCGGCCCGGGCCCACGACCCGCCAACCCCUUCCUGGCCGAGUCCGCCGGGGCCGCCUACCGCCAUGAUAAGUGA